AUGUCUGCUAACAAAAAGUUUCAUUUGAUCAGCGAUCUUAAACCCUUUAAGGAUGUGUGGCGUGUUCAAGUGAAACUAAUUCACUCAUGGAUACAAAACCCACCUUACGCUGAUGAAACAUUAGAAAUGGUUUUAGCUGAUCAAACUGGUGCUAAAGUUCAGUGCUCGUGCAAGAGAACUCUCAUUAAGCGAGUUCAACGUAACCUUACUCUUGGAAAGUGGCGUGUUAUUCAGAACAUGAAGAUUUCUGGAACCGGUGGCAAAUACAAACCUACAAAUCUUGCCUAUAAGAUGAGUAUCACAAACGAUACUGUUUUUGCAGACUCGGAUCUCACUGACGAUAGCAGCUUUUUAUCUCUAGCAAGUUACGAAGAGAUAUUGAAUGGAAGUGCUGAUACUAAGUGUCUUAUUGACAUAAUAGGCCAAGCUAUUGAUAUUGGUGAAGUUCAGAUCAUCCAAGUCCAUAACGAAGACAGGAAAAGGGUUUUGUUUCGCAUACGAGACAACAGUGGUAAUGCUUUGGCAUGUUGUCUGUGGGGCCGUUAUGCUGAGCAAAUCGAACAUCAUCUUGAGAAUCAUGUUGGUGAAGACAUUGUUUGCGUGAUUAGAUUUGCUAAAAUCAGUGAAUUUGGAGGUGAAGUUCAAAUAACAAAUGCAUUUGAUGCAUCACUUUUGGAUCUAAAUCCAACUAUGGCUGAGGCUUUGGAUUUCAAAGAGAAGCUCAAAAAUCAAGUGCUUGCUCUUGCUGGGAAUGAUAACCAGCGUGACCCUAAAAAGGAACUUAUCAAAGUUGCUGAUGAUUGGGAUGAUGUUGGUAUCAUCCCGAUUUCUGAGUUACAUGAAACUUCUGAGCUCGAGAACGUUAAGAUCGUAUGUUCUGUGGAAGCAGUUGAUACUGAUUGGGCGUGGUACUAUUUUGGAUGUAAGAGUUGUGGGAAGAUUGUUACUAGGAUCAGAAGGUCUGUGUCUGGAAAGCUUGCUAAACCUCUGUUCCGUUGUCCUGGGUGUCGUACCAAUGGAUCUAAUGUGCUUCCAAAAUUCAAACUUCAUUUGAUUGUUCGUGAUGACACUGGAGACUGUAAACUCGUGUUGCUUGGCUCUAUUGCAAAAACACUCAUCGGUUUGGAAGCACAUGAGAUUUGGGAUGGUUCUUAUGAAGAAAUUGAAGAUCCUGAAAAUUUGCCGCAACCAAUACUGGAUUUGGUAGACAAAUCUUUCUGUUUUGGACUCUGUCCCUCUGAUUCCGGAUCCGAGAUCUAUAAGGUGUCAAAGGUCUGGUCUGGAGAUAUUAUUCACCAAAUUGAAACUGAAUCAGAGCCAGUAACACUUAUAGAAGGUUGUUCGUCCACUGUGUCUUCUGGUGGGGUUAUGUUGCAGGAUGUUGACACUCAUGCAUCAUCAGAAGAUUGUGCAACUCCUUUCUCGAAAAGAAAAGAAACUGAUUCAGAACUGCCAGACAUAACAUCUACUUCAAAGAAGUUGUGCACUCCCACAAUCAAGACUGAGAAAUCUAAGAUCGAUUAG